AUGAUUGCCUCACAAGUCGCGAUUCUGCUCGCUAAGAGCUCAACUGCCAUCUUCGAGUCCAAUACAAUGCCCUCCCUACGAGCGAGUAACGGCAUUGCGGGGAUGGUCUCGAGCGCUGGCGUAUUACCAAUCGUAAUGGGUAUGUGGAGUCUCCAUAAGAUGCAUCUGACAGAGCCAUGGAUUUUUUUCUUGUCUGUUGCCACCGUCAUCGUUUCCGAAUUCACGUUAUACUGGACACAUAAGGCCCCAACGGUUGAUCAAAUUAGCGCCUUUGACUAUAACGGAUGGCCACAAAGCUGUGGUGGGUAUGCGCCGCCAUUGAUUUACUGUGCCGAUCAGAGUGAGGCUUAUUACCUAAGGGUCCCAGUUGUCUUUUUCUGGCAAGUGCUCAAUCCUUAUUGUUUGAUUGUAUUCGGACUGGAUGUUAUUUUGUGGCUCGUACCAUAUCUUGCCAGGAUAGUAGAUAUUAAAGAGAUUUGUCAGAGGACCUUCAUUCAUCUAGGCCUUGGCAAUUCCUCAUCAAAAGGUCAACGAUUGGUCGCGUCCGCUUGGGCCGAAUGGGUUAAGAGAUUCCCUAGCCUGCUCACAUUCUGUGUUGAGUCGCUCUUCGUCGCAGCUGUCUUUUUAGAAUGUUUGUGUUUUGCGGAGUUUGUGCAUAUCAAAGUGAUCGACUUCUCAAAUUGGGGCUUUGGCCAGAUUGUCGCGAUGACCAUAUGGUUCCCCGUGGUCAGCAAAUAUGCCUAUCUAGUUUUGUGUGAGUCUUACUCUGUGCCUGAUGUUCAAGCAGAGAUACCUGACUGUUUUGGCAGUUGGAACCCAGUCUUAUUCGCAAGCACGCAUGCCUGA